UAAAUUUGUAAAAACUCAGGAAUUAUAUGUAAGGUGAUUAUUAGGUCAUAUGAUUUAUAUUAUAAAAUUGGUUUCUUAUAGUCAAAACUAAAUACACAUUAUUUUUACAUUUUCAUAACUGGUGUAGUUAAAAAAAAUCUAUAAACAAUGUUGUCAUUUAACUUGAUGCAAAGCUUAAAUUUAGCUAAAAAAGCAUCUCGAUUUAUGCAGCGAAAUGUAUCUUCAUCAUCUGUUUUGAUGGCUAAUGUGUCUGAUCCUAUCCAACAACUUUUUUUGGACAAAAUUCGAGAGUAUAAAUCCAAAUUUGAUUCCAAGUCUUUUGACCCAAGUGUUGACAAAGGUUACAAUGCCGACUUGGAAAAAAUUAGUAAGCAAUUCGACAUUGGAUCAGGAGAAGAUCCAACAAAAUUUCCCUCGGUUAAGUUUGAUGAAGCUAAAAUAGAUCCUCAAAUUUAAGAUAAUUUAAGUUUUAAAAAAAUAUUUUUAAGUCAAUGUAGAGAUGUUAUUAAUGAAUGUAGGAACAAGAACACAUUCUAUUGAAAAAUUAAAUAAAAACUGAUUUAUUAUAAAAAGUAUA